AUGUACGGUGGAGGUAAUCAUGGCAAUGGAUACGGUGGUCCUCCUCAAGGACCACCACCUGGAGACUGGGGUUAUGGAAGUAGUAACCAGAACCAAGGUUAUGGUCUACAACAGCAAUAUUCCAGACCAAGUCACCCCCCAUCCGGAUAUAAUAAUGAUAGUAACUACUCCAGACCAAAUGGACCACCUCCAGGUCAAUGGGGGGGCCAAAACAACAAUAUUAAUGGAUACGGUAGAGAAGAAUAUUCCAGACCCCCUCAUCAAAACCAACAACAGAUGCAAGGAGGAGGAAACUUCCAAAGACCAAGCACCCAACAACAGUCGUUUGGUGGGAAUGGCCAGCAAACAUACCAAUACUCCAAUUGUACUGGUAGCAAGAAGGCUUUGUUAAUUGGUAUCAAUUAUAUUGGCACUAAGAAUCAGUUACGAGGCUGUAUUAAUGAUGCUGAAAAUAUGAAGCAGUUUCUUUUGAAAUGGGGUUUCAAGGAAGAAGAUAUUGUGAUGUUGAGAGAUGACGCUUCUAAUAAACGUCAAAUUCCAACGAGACAAAACAUUAUUGAUGCUUUUGGCUGGCUAGUUAAGGGAGCCAAGGCUAAUGAUAAUUUGGUUCUUCACUAUAGUGGUCAUGGUGGUCAAACUGAAGAUUUGAGUGGUGAUGAAGAUGAUGGCUAUGACGAAUGUUUGUACCCACUUGACUUUGAAACCAGCGGAUUCAUUGUAGAUGAUGAAAUCCAUGAUAGGGUUGUCAGACCAUUACCUCAAGGAUGUCGUUUAACUGCUUUGAUUGAUGCUUGUCAUUCAGCAACUAUGUUGGAUCUACCAUACAUUUAUUCCACCAAAGGUGUUGUGAAGGAACCCAACUUAUAUUCUGAAGCUGGCCAAGAUGCCAUGACAAUUGUCCAAGGGUAUCUUACUGGUAAUCAGAAGAGUAUGUUUUCUGGUGUCAAGAGUUUGGUAAAGACUAUUGCUAAUAAGGAUAAGGCGUCAAAGGCCAGAGAAUUUACCAAACAAAAUAAAACCAGCCCUGCUGAUGUUAUCUCUAUUUCUGGUUGUAAAGAUGAUCAAACGUCUGCCGAUGCCAAUGAAGCAGGUAAGAACACUGGGGCUAUGUCAUAUGCCUUUGUCAGAGUCAUGUCAACUAACCCUCAACAAUCUUAUCUAACAUUAUUGCAAAAUAUGAGAGAUGUCCUUUCUGGUAAAUAUACUCAAAAGCCUCAGUUAUCUUCUUCUCAUCCUAUUGAUACAAACUUGCAAUUCAUCAUUUGA